AAUGUUAGUAUAACAACAGAAAAGUGGAAAAACAACUAUUUGCAGUUAUAUUUUUGGUUUCUGAUGAAUGUUAAUAAAUUUACUGCAUUUAAGAAGUUUUAAAUAAUCAUUUAGCAAAUAUUGAACUAUAAACUAAAAGCAGCAAGCAGUAGUGGUUUAGAAUUAAAUCUAGAGAGUUAAACAACCAUUGUAAAAAAUGAAUGAAGCAGCAUUGGCCAGCAUGAUUUACAACGACCCCAUAGGCAUCUAUGAGCAGCCCAGGCCGCGCUUCAUAUUCAAAAUGCCGCGUGUGGUACCCGACCAAAAGGCUAAAUUCGAAAGUGAUGAACUAUUUCGUCGUCUAAGCCGGGAAAGUGAAAUCCGUUAUACUGGCUAUCGCGAGCGUGCUCAGGAGGAACGACAAAUGCGUUUCCAUAACGGUUGUCGUGAGGGUCACACUGAAAUAUCAUUUGUGGCAUCGGGCACCAAUCUACAACUGGUUUUUAAUGCCACACAAAACCCAUAUUUGCAUGAUAAAGAGUGCGAUUUUGAUAAGGAACAUGGUAAAGUAUAUAUAAAAUCGUACUUCAUAAUGAACGGUGUGUGCGUGCGUUUUCGCGGUUGGCUCGAUUUGGAACGUUUAGAUGGUUCGGGUUGUCUCGAGUUCGAUGAACGACGUGCAAUGCAUGAAGAUCAGAUAUUGCGUGAACAAAUCGAACGUUAUAAUUUGAGGCUGCGCGAAUUCGAGGAUUCCAAACGUGCAUAUCGUGAUAGCCGACCAGAAGUCGACAUGGAAGCUGUACGUCGUGGUGUACCCUCAGGUGGCAUUGGUGUUGGUGCCAGUAUGUGGCGACGUUAAGUCUGGAGAGAGAGAGAGUGUGCUAUUGCCAUUGACACAAUGCUGUACUGUUCAAUGGUAUCGACUUAAUUACUUAAUUUAAGCCAAACAAUAUACUCGAAUACCUUUCAAAUGUUGAGAUAAACAUUUCUAUUCACUAGAAACGCAUCAAUAAGUUUAUUAUUUUAUUUUUAAGCAUAAAUAAUGGCAGCUUUUUCAAUAUCAAGUAUUAUUUGGUGCAAAAUAUGUAUUACACCCAUUACUAUUCAUUCAUGUAUAUUUAUUUUAUACUAAUUAAAUUUCCAUCUGGCAAAAAUGUAUUAAUAUA